AUGGGAGCGGAGUCUUUCUUCGCAAGGUAUGGCCCGAUCAAUGAUCGUGCGCCACCCUCAUCGCAGUCAUCAUACGACGUGCGUAUCUUCUACCCUGGCGCAGCGCUGCUGCCAGAGGACUACAUGAAAGGUCUGCGCUUGCACAUGCGUGAUAGCAGUGCACUCCGUGGCUUGACCGUUGAAGGUAAAGCCUACUCUUCUGCAGAACUCAGCAAGCUUGUCGAGCACUUCCGCAGCAACGCUUGCACCCUCACUGGCGCCUCGUCACCUGUCAGCGCCCGCCUGUUUGUGCCAUCCACCACUUCGUCGAGAUGA